UAUCCCCUUCCUCCUUCACAGAAUCACAGACCACAUUUCAUAGGCUCACAGCUUCACACUUCAUCUCUUCCCUUCUUCAACCUUCACUCCCACAGUCCGACGGCGUCACCUGCAGAACCGCCUCGCGCGAUCGCAAUCCGUCCAGUUUCUUCCUCACCAGACGGCAGACGCUCUACUCUUUCGCACUUUCGUCUCUGUCCUCGACUCCUCUCAACCUUACGCAGACGCCAGACCGCAGGACCACAGCUCCUGCCCCAGCGUCGUCCAGCCAUUCUCCUCCGUGGCUCCGUCCGUUCACCAUUCGUCCACCGGACCACCAUUAUAGAUUUAUAGCCUCGGACUUCAGAUUUAUAUAUGCUAAUAGCCUACUUCAAUACAUAUUCGGAAUAUUUUCAAACUGGGAAUUGAAGCUGCUAGUCUCAAGUAUUGAAGAUCCAAAGAUAAAUAGGAAUGGCGACUAGCAUUGCUUCGGGAAGUGGCCAACUGCAUUUCAGUGAGGCUCCAUACAAGGGUCACAGCUGUAAACAAGUUUACCGUUUUUCUAGUGUAACCAUCCAGAGCAACAUACAAAAAGAACCACCUUGGUCGUCUCGUGGUGUAUCCAAAUUAUUAAGGCUUCAGAGACAUAAUGGUUCGUAUUCUCAAGCUUAUGUAAACCGGAAGUCCCACAGAACAGCAAUUGUAUCAUGCCUUAGGAAUGGUUCUACCAACUAUUUUGACUUUGCUGUUAUUGGUAGUGGAGUUGCUGGGCUUCGUUAUGCUCUUGAGGUUGCAAAACAUGGAACCGUUGCAGUGAUAACGAAAGCUGAGCCCCAUGAGAGUAACACUAACUAUGCACAGGGUGGUGUAAGUGCUGUACUAUGCCCUAAAGAUUCAGUGGAGAGCCAUAUGCAAGAUACAAUUGUGGCCGGUGCUUACCUCUGUGAUGAGGAGACAGUCAGAGUUGUAUGUACUGAAGGACCUGAAAGAAUUAGAGAAUUGAUAGCCAUGGGUGCUUCGUUUGAUCACGGGGAGGAUGGAAAUUUGCACCUGGCAAGGGAAGGAGGGCACUCUCAUCGCAGAAUUGUGCAUGCAGCAGAUAUGACAGGCCGGGAAAUUGAGCGGGCAUUGUUGGAGGCAGUCAAAAAGGAUCCUAACAUAUAUGUCUUUGAGCACCAUUUUGCAAUAGAUUUGCUUACAUCUAAGGAUGGUUCUGACACUAUUUGCCAUGGAGUUGACACCUUGAACACUGAAACCUUAGAGGUAGUAAGAUUCAUUUCAAAGGUAACUCUGGUUGCAUCAGGCGGAGCUGGGCAUAUAUAUCCAUCAACCACUAAUCCUCCGGUUGCCACUGGAGAUGGAAUUGCUAUGGCUCAUCGAGCUCAGACUGUUAUUUCUAACAUGGAGUUUGUGCAGUUUCACCCAACUGCCUUAGCUGAUGAAGGCCUCCCCAUCAGACCAACCAUUGCCCGCGAAAAUGCGUUUCUGAUUACUGAAGCUGUGAGGGGUGACGGAGGCAUUCUUUAUAACUUGGACAUGCAGAGGUUCAUGCCCUUGUAUGAUGAAAGAGCAGAACUCGCGCCAAGGGAUGUGGUUGCAAGAAGCAUAGACGACCAACUCAAAAAGCGCAACGAGAAGUACGUUCUUCUAGACAUAAGUCACAGAGGCAAAGAAAAAAUUCUCUCGCAUUUCCCAAACAUAGCUGCCGAGUGUCUCCGGUAUGGGCUGGACAUCACCCGGCAACCAAUCCCAGUGGUGCCCGCGGCUCAUUACAUGUGCGGGGGAGUUCGCGCCGGUCUGCAAGGGGAGACCAACGUGCAAGGCCUUUAUGUAGCAGGUGAGGUCGCCUGCACAGGUUUGCACGGUGCAAACCGCCUCGCCAGCAACUCAUUACUAGAGGCUCUGGUGUUUGCAAGAAGAGCCGUCCAGCCUUCAAUCGACCACAUGACAGGCUCCAGAAUCGAUCGUGGCGCUUCGGGCUGGUGGCCACGACCAGUCGUCCCGACAUCACUAGGCGAUGUAACGCUGCGCAAAAUCAUCCUGAGGACAAAGGAAGUGAGGAAACAGCUGCAGUCUAUGAUGUGGGAACACGUUGGAAUCGUGAGGUCAACAACGAGGCUAGAAACCGCAGAGAAGAGGAUUGGAGAGCUGGAAAUUGAGUGGGAAAGCUACUUGUUUCAGCAGGGUUGGGAAGCAACCAUGGUGGGACUAGAAACCUGUGAAAUGAGGAACCUCUUCUGCUGUGCCAAACUUGUGGUGAGUAGUGCUCUGUCAAGACACGAGAGCCGUGGGCUUCACUACACCAUUGAUUUCCCCCAUGUUGAAGAGAGCUUGAGGCUGCCAACCGUUAUUCAUCCUUCUUCACCAUUGAACAACACUUGGAGUUCGCGGCAACUGCACAAACCAUGAAAAAUUGAUUUUUUUUUUUAAAUAACUUCCGACAUCCCUCCGCCUCCCAAAUCCGGUGAUUCUCCGGUUAUAGUAGGGAAAAAAAAAUAUCAAUACUCCAAAAUCAAUUGUAAUUAGAAUAAAUUAAUUGAAACCAAAGCAUAUACAAAAACUUGAUGUAUAUCAAAACUCUAUAUUGUUUUAGGCAAAA